AGAAGCUUCAGCAGAGUAAUUUCGUAGUGCUAUAUCAUGGCUUGUGUUCUUGUGCAUGCGGGUGCAGGGAACCACUCAAAAUUUAACGAAGAGAAAUAUAACGAAUUAUGUUAUGAAGCCUGUUUACAUGCCUCUGAUCUGAUGUGUUUUGAAAAUAAGAACGCUGUGGAUGCUGUAGAGACUGCCGUUGCCUAUUUAGAAGACUGUUCAUUAACCAAUGCGGGGCUUGGAAGUAAUUUAACUAUAAAUGGGUUUGUCGAGUGUGAUGCAGGCAUAAUGACUAGUUCUACCCAUCAGUUUGCUGGGGUCGGAGCCGUCCGAAAUGUGAGAAAUCCUGUAAAACUGGCAAGACUUCUCCUACAGACGCAGAUUGACCAGCCUUUGGGUGAAUGUGGACGUGUCCAGCCAUGUUUACUUGUUGGUGAUGGGGUUCGUGCCUGGGCAGCUACAAAAGGACAUUUUAUUGAUACAUGUGAUCUUACCACUAGAGCUUCACAAUUAUCGUGGGAAAAAUACAGAAGUUGGUUACAUGAUGAUGACAAAACGAAUGGGAAUGCGAGUAUUACCGAUUGUAUGCCUGGGUGUAGUUAUUCCAGUGAAGAAAAGAAAUCCAGUUUUGACACCGUCGGCGCUGUAUGCGUGGACUUGGAAGGUAACAUUGCCUCUGCGGCGUCAAGCGGUGGCAUUGCAAUAAAAUACGAGGGUCGUAUUGGACAAGCAUGUACAUACGGUUGUGGUUGCUGGGCAGAGGAACUCAGUUUGUAUUCGCGAAUCGGUACCGUCACUUCUGGUACAGGUGAACAGUUAGUAAAGACCCAGCUCGCUCAGCGUUGUGCCGAACGAUUCAGCGGUUCGUCAAUCUCUGUUCCCGAAGUAGUCAAGUCAUCUCUGAUUGAUGGUUUUCUAAAUUCAAAAUAUCUUUCAUUAGACAGGGAAAAGUGGGCUGGAAUAGCUGGUGUAUAUUACAACUUCGAAUGUACAAACCGUCCGGUUGUGGAUAUAUUUGUUGCACACUCAACAACAUCAAUGAGCGUCGGCCAUUAUGUGCCUAGUGUUAUGAGAGAACCAGCCGCUCGAAUAACACGAAAACAAACUGACGAACCCAUAUACUUAGAGGUCUCGUCGUACUGCUUACAAUAAAUUGGGCGAUAAGUUUCAAAUCUUCUCUUGUCUCUGACCUUCAACUUCUGAAAUCUACUAAUGACUGACAACUGUUGAUUCGAUGUUAGCUAACUGACGAUUUCCAAUCUCGGUUAUAGCUUGAAAUUACAAAUAUCUUUCGCGAGCUUUCUAUCACAUAUGCAUUGUGGUGUACGUUAAAAUAAUCGGGACACGACAUGACAUGGUAAAACAUUUCUAUCAGUUCCCUGUUAUUAUAGUAUGCAAUGGAUACUCCCCAAAAAACAGCGUCUAUGGAUGGGAUAAUAAAGAAAAGUGAGUCUUAUCCGCAUGGUUGCAGGCUCCAAUUUCAAUACCGUGUAACAUUUCUGCGUAAAGCAUUCAGAGAAAGUGGGAUAUUUUGAUAAUAUUGUGAUGACAUAAAUUUACUUUUUGAAUUUGUUGUGUGUCAUUUCUGUUGUAUAGAAUUGUUAGCAAAUUAAAG